AUGGCCGACGAAGCAGCUCGCGCUCACGCCGCUGAAGUGGCGCGCGCUCAAGAAGAAGGAAGAGAUCCACCUCCUCCUCCUCCUAAUCCACAAGACCCUGCUGGAGAUGUGAAUGCACAACCUCAAGCUGGAGCACCUACAAUCGGAGACUAUGACUCUGCCGAUGCUUUCUUCAUGGAUAGAAACCCUAUCCAUCCACCACUUCCUGCAAGGAAUGACUAUGAGAUCAAGCCUCAGAUCAUAGCAUUGGUUAGACAGAACCAAUUCAAUGGCCUUCCAGCUGAGCAUCCUCUUGAUCACAUAGAAAACUUUGAAGAAAUUUGCAGCACUACAAGAUCCAAUGGAGUCUCUGCUGACUACUUAAGUGCAAGCUCUUUUCAUUCUCUCUUGGCGACAAAGCUUCAAGAUGGUUGA